AUGCAGAUGCCAAAGAUCAUGUACGGGACGGCGUGGAAGAAGGAGCGGACGACCGAGCUUGUCCUACAAGCGCUUCGAGCUGGCUUCAGGGGGAUAGAUACGGCUUGUCAGCCCAAACACUACAGGGAAGACUUGGCGGGCGAAGCGAUCUCAACGGCGAUAUCGGAGGGUAUCGUCACCCGAGACGAGCUCUUCAUACAGACCAAAUUUACAAGCAUAGACGGCCAAGAUACCUCCCAACCACUCCCAUACGACCCCCUCCUCCCCGCCUCCGAACAAGUCACCCAAUCCAUCUCCCGCUCACUCUCCAACCUUCGUCUCUCCCGUAUCGACUCUGUCAUCCUGCACGGCCCACUCCGGACCCGUCCUGACACCCUAUCUGCGUACCGCACGCUGGAGGGGUAUGUGGAUCAAGGGGUGAUUGGGCGGAUAGGCGUGUCGAAUUUCUAUGAUGUGGGGAUGUUGAGGUGGCUGUGGGCCGAAGCGAGGGUGAAGCCGCGGGUGGUGCAGAAUAGGUGGUAUGAGGGGAAUGGGUGGGAUGGCGAGGUGUGGGGGUGGUGUCAGGAGAAUGCGGUGGGGUAUCAGUCAUUCUGGACAUUAUCGGGCUCACCCAACCUGUUGAGGAGUAGGCAGAUACGGGAUCUCGCCGCGAAGUAUGGGUUGACGAAAGAGCAAGUGGUAUACAGAUUGUGUCAACUGUGGGACAUCACUCCCUUAUGCGGCUCGACCACCCUCAAGCAUGUCGAGGAGGCUCUGGAAGUCGAUGGCUCACCGCUUGUGGCGGACUCAGAGGGCGUGGCUGAGCUCAAGUCGGUGAUGCUGGGCGUCUGA